AAGAGUCCAUGGAAGGGUUCUGGAUGAUACUUUUGUUCAGUUUCUAUUCCAAUCUGAGGUGGAUCUUAUUUCAGUUCAAAGAAGGGAACCAUGGAUAUUCAACAAUUGGUUUGUGGCUUUUCAGAGGUGGGAGGACCUUCCUGACUUUGAUUUCCUCACAACAAUAGAUAUAUGGGUUCAGAUGAGAGGAAUCCCUCUUCCUUAUGUUUGUGAAGAAACUGUAACACAAAUAGCUGAAGCGCUUGGUGAAGUGGUGGAAUUGGACUUUCAUGAUGCUAUUACUACUCAGGUAGCUUAUAUCAGAAUCAGAAUUAGAUUUGCCAUAACUGAUCGUCUAAGGUUCUUCCGAAGAGUUAGGUUUGAUUCUGGGGAGACUACAGUAAUCAGGUUUCAGUAUGAACGUCUAAGAAGAUUUUGUAGCAGGUGUUUGAGGUUCACUCAUCUCAGGAACUAUUGUCCUUUUCUCCAACCUCUACCUGUCACAAACACUGGUACUGCAGAUAAUUUGACUGAUGGGAGAGAAAGAUUUGCGUUGCAUGAUGAGCUCCAUAGGUCAGACAUGAAUUUGCAAGCUCAUAAUUCUGAUGAUUCCCUUCCGGUACCUAUCCGUCCACCUCCAAGAGUUGAUACGCCACCUCUGAACCCAGAUGAGAUUGCAGCUGCAAGUCCUUAUUUUCAUCCUUCAAGAGAUGAAAAGUUUCUGAAUUUUGCUGUACCAAUUCCUCAGACUCCUUGGAGACGCAAUCAAACAUCAAUAGGCUCUAAUAUAACUCCAAUAAGUGAGUAUGAGAUAACUUCCAGAGAUGCAAGGAAGUUUGAAGUUGGAGAAUGUUCCAGAAGACAUGAUGAAGAUGAAUCUGGUAAGAAUUAUGAAAUGGAAGAGGAUUUAAAGCGCAAAAUCUCAGCAGUUGAUAAGAAUGAGGAAGAACGAAGGAAGCAAAAGCAAAAGGUUCAUGAGCAUAAUGAGGGAGGGAUUCUGAAACCUCCAAAGAAACGUUAAAGCUUUGACACUCUACUGAUUCUGUCAACAAUUUUUUGGAAAUGUUGCU